AUGUCUAUCAGAGAAUUUGUAAAACGAAUAAUAGAAACACAUAAUAAAUUAGAUUUUCUCAUUAACAAUGCAAAUAUAAAAAGUGUAAAGAAGUAUACAACAACUAAUGAUGGCUUUGAAAUGACAAUGGGUGUAAAUUAUUUCUCCUCAUUCCUGCUGACACAAUUACUGCUACCUUUAUUAUUGAAAGGUACAUCGUCAAGAAUAAUUAAUGUAUGCUUUAGAAAUCAUCAACACAAUCAUAUAUUAUGGUGGUUAGCGCAUAUGCUGGAUUUUUUUAAAGGCGGAAACAGUAAACGCUUUAAAUCCUUCAUAAAUAAAAUCGCUAAUUUUCUAAUCACUCCAAUAUUUCCCAGUCAAUGGGAGAUGGCACAAACAGUAUUGUACACAGUGCUUACAGACAAUUUAGUAUCUG